AUGGCAGCUCUACGAGAAUCGGUGGUCCACGAUUACCUCUUUGUUGCUCUUGCAGCAGUGACAAUCCUGUGCUAUGUCAUCGGUGGUGCCAUCUACCGGCUGUACUUUAGCCCUUUGUCUAAGUUUCCUGGGCCGAAACUGGCAGCCAUAACACUCUGGUACGAAUUCUAUUACGACGUGAUCAAGAAAGGGCAGUACACCUUCGAGAUUGGGAGGAUGCACGAGGAAUAUGGCCCGAUUGUUCGGAUAAGCCCUCAUGAGCUACAUAUCAGUGAUCCAGAAUACUACGAAGAGCUCUAUUCUCGAUCUUCUCCGCGAGAUAAAUACCCUUACUACACCAAUCAGUUCGGCAACCCGGAAUCCACUUUCUCGACUGUGCAUCAUCAACAUCACCGGCUCCGUCGCGGCGCCAUGAACCCCUUCUUCUCGAAGCGCAGGAUCGCAGGGUUGGAGGAGAUGAUCUCGUCCAUGGUGGAGAAGCUGUGCAUCCGCAUCGAAGAGUUCCGGCAAUCCGGUCAGCCUAUACCUAUGCGAUUGGCGUACAUGUGCUUGACCACAGACGUGAUCACAAAGUAUUCUAUGGCGCGAUCAUGGGAUCAUCUGGAGUCGCCGGAUUUCUCUCCCAUUUGGUGCGAAACGAUCAAGGCUACGGCAGGAGCAGGGGUCUUCAUGAAGCACUUCCCAUGGCUGUUUCCCGUCGUCAGAGCCUUGCCGGACCGGUUGGUAGCCGCGUUGAAUCCUGGCAUGUUGUUACUUCUCGACUUCCAAAGAUCAAUCGAGCGACAGAUUAAAGAAAUCAUGGACAGAAAAGGCGACGAUGAGCAGCUCUACUUGGUGGAUGGUCAACCGACCAUUUUCCACGAGCUGUUAAACAGCGAUUUGCCACUAUGGGAAAAAAGCUUAGAACGUCUUUGGCAAGAAGGUCAAGUCGUGGUAGGUGCAGGGGCAGACACCACGGCAAACGCGCUCACUGUUACUACAUUUCACCUGCUUGAUAAUCCCGACAAGCUGCAGAGGUUGAAGUCAGAGCUGGAAAUGCUCAUGCCGGAUCUCUGUUCGCCCGUCAAAUUGCGGGAACUGGAACAGCUUCCGUAUAUGUCCGCGGUCUUGUCCGAAGGUCUUAGGCUGUCCUAUGGAGUCAGUUCUCGUCUACAGCGUAUUGCUCCAGCAGAGGAGUUGAAAUUCCACGACUGGACAAUUCCGCCGGGCACUCCUGUAGGCAUGACGUCUGUGCUCAUGCAUCACAAUCCGUCUAUCUUUCCGAAUCCAGACACUUUUCUCCCCGAACGCUGGCUCGAACCAGCGCCGGACAAUCGACCCCUCGAUCGAUACCUCGUCUCGUUUACAAAGGGAUCAAGACAAUGCAUCGGCAUCAAGUGUGUAUUCUUUCUUCCUACCCUGUCCUUGCUGUGA